AUGAGAGAUGAUUAGAGUCUCCGCCGGCCGGGGAAUAGCAACGCCCCGGUUUGCUCCUUUCUGAUUUUCCUGGCGGUCCUUUAGUUUCCGUGUCUAUAAAGAGCAGAGCGGUCGUGAGAAUGUGCUAGUCUCGUGUUUGUUUCUGUAUUUGGUAGGGGAAGUGUUUUCUCUCGUUCUACGCAGCUUGACGCGGCGUGUUUCCUUAACCCAAAUGGUUGCUUUAAACUCGGUGUAGCUGGAUAACUACAACUCUCAUUAUCCGCGGCCACUCAAUCUCUCCAGCGAUGGCUGAUUUGGCCCCUUGUAGAGCUGCGCGUCACUCAUUGGCUGCCUUGCCCGCUCCUUCCGUAUACCCCGCCUCUUCUUUCCUCGGUCUUUUUAAAACGGUGCUUUCACUACAAAAUGGCCGACUUAUCUCCCCAGUCUUUAGUGUUGGAAGCCGAUCUCUCUUACCCAAUAGAAGAUUUAUCCUCAUCUUCUGGAUCCCGGAGCUGGCUUUAUUUCUGCCUUGGCUAUUCCUCCUAUAUUUAUACCUCCCCUCUCUAGCAUUGCUGACCCGCCCAUGAGCAAAGGAAGCGUUUGAUCGGCACCCAGGAUGGCAAACAAGGAAAAUAUCAGCAGCAUCUACAGUAGCCUUUCUUCGUAUCGCCCCAACAGCCAAGCAGCUGGUCCUCAGCGCCUCCCGUACAAGAAUAGCAGCACCCCUUCCACCACCCCCUCUGGCUCAAUCCUGGCUCAGAGGGCCCUCACCAACAGCGCAAAGCACGCCAUGAAGGCGGCCUGCGUCCAGAAUCCAGGUAUCCCAGGCCGCGUGCCCAUUGACCCCGCUUCCGUCGUGCCAACCUUGCAGGACUGCCCAGAGCCACGGCGGAUCUUCACCAUUGACGACUUUGAGAUCGGGCGGCCGCUGGGCAAAGGGAAAUUUGGCAACGUCUAUCUGGCCCGGGAAAAGGACUCCAAGUUCAUUGUGGCGCUGAAGGUGCUCUUCAAAUCCCAGAUGGAGAAGGAAGGGGUGGAGUACCAGCUGAGGAGGGAGAUUGAGAUCCAGUGUCACCUCAGUCACCCCAACAUCCUGCGCCUCUACAACUACUUCCACGACAAGAAGCGGGUCUAUCUGAUCCUAGAAUACGCCCCUCGGGGGGAACUCUACAAGGAGUUGCAGAAGUACCAGCGCUUCGACGAGCAGAGAAGUGCCACGUUCAUAGAAGAGCUGGCCGACGCCCUCCUGUACUGUCACAACAAGAAGGUCAUCCAUCGCGACAUCAAGCCCGAGAAUCUGCUGAUGGGGCUAAAAGGGGAGCUGAAGAUCGCCGAUUUCGGCUGGUCGGUGCACGCCCCCUCGCUCAGGAGGAAGACCAUGUGUGGCACUCUGGAUUACCUGCCCCCGGAGAUGAUCGAAGGCAAACCCCACAACGAGAAGGUGGAUCUCUGGUGCAUCGGGAUCCUGUGCUACGAGUUCCUGGUGGGGAAUCCGCCCUUCGAGAGCGAAUGCCACUCCGAGACCUAUCGCCGGAUCGUGUCGGUCGAUCUCAGGUUCCCCCCUUUUGUGACCGAAGGCGCCCGGGAUUUGAUCGUGAAGCUGCUGCGUCACAACCCAGCCGAACGUCUCCCGCUGCAAGCCGUGAUGGAGCACCCUUGGGUGAAAACCCACUCCAAACGGGUGCUACCCCCGGUUUUCAACCCGGUGUCCCCAAAUUAACUCUGCCAGGAGGGACUGGGAUACCCAGAUGAACGGCAUCCCCAAUGGAUGGGGCUGCCAAGGAUUUUGGAGGGGGGGCAUUAUUGCAGAGUUUGGGAUAGGGACGUCUUUUCGGGAUUGCAAACGUCCUUGCGCCCCAAGAUUCGUACUUGAAGAGCUGAUAACAGACCAGGAUCUCGUUUCGGAGAGCUUGGGAAAUAAAUGUGUUUGGCCACCUUCACCUGGACGGGCAGCUAUUCCUGGACAUGGGAAAAUCCCCUUUUGACGUUCUGAUCUUGGCGGCUGAUCCCUUCCUUCGGGAUCAUCCUGCAUCUGUCACCGUGUGCUGGCCAGCUUCUUGGUUCUUUGUUUUUGUUUUUUAAAGGAAUAAGCCAACUAUUUCCCAAACGGUAUUGCCCGAUCUCUGUGUAUAUAUAUUUUCUAGGGAACUGUUGUAAUUUUAAUAAAACCUUUCUUCCA